GAGUUGAGAUAUGAUGUCUGCACUGUACUAGUACUGUGUGUCGAUGAGGAUUAGUCAUCGGCCAGUCAUCGGCUCAUCACUUGCUAUUAAUACCAGACAGAGCUACUGGUUUGGUACCAUUAGCCGAAAGCAGCCUGCCAAAAUGUGCCAGUAUACUACCCGAUGAACUAAACAAGGAAAUAUACAUCUACGAUUCAGAUUUGGUUUAGUCGCCCUCGGUUUGCUCGCACACAGACGUGGAUGUGUGCCAUUUCUGGAUGAAUAGUACUUAAGAUCCAAAUGAAACUUGCUCUGGUGACAUCUUGAUGCCAUUACCUAAGUCUCCAGUCUCUCAACCCUCCCAGUUACCCCUUGACUUAUCCCAACCCUCUCUAUCUACACACAACACUCUUAUAUUUACCACACAUUCCUAUUUUUCUUUGGUUUCUACUUCCAUUUCCUCCUCAACAAUAACAUCAUCACCACCACUACAACCACUCCCACCUUCUUUAUCAUCAUCAUACCCCCUUGUUUCUGAGCAUCAAGACAAAUUAAUUUUGGAAUCUACUGUCAUAGAAACAUCUCCGACUUCUUCCUCUUCUGUGCUGUCUCAAUCUCACAAACUCAAGCAAAGCUCCUCAAUUAUGUCUGCUACUUCGUUAUCAUCUACCUCCUCACAACCCCUUCUAGAAUCCCCAUCAACAGUAGCUCCUUCUUCUCUACCAUCCUCUAGCAUCACCUCCUCUCCCCCUUCCUCCUCUCCACCUUCCUCCUCUACCACCACCUCUUCCCCUACCACCUCUUCCCCACCAGCCUCCUCCAUUCUACCUGUUCCCUCUGCAAUGGAAUCUCCGGACUCCACUACAUCUAAUACAGUAAAAAUGGAGGAUAAAUUGCUAGAUGACAUGAAGGAGGAUUUGAUGAAGCUCCGUGAUAUGUCUUCAUGGUCUACUCCUGAGGCAGCUCAACUUGUCAAAGGUAUCAGUGCUUGUUAUUGGAAUGCUGAGGGUCAUCAGCAAGAAGUGGCAGAAGCCUUUUGUGAACUGCAGGGAUCUGAACUGUUCAUCAACAUGAUACUAGCUUUGAACAAGGAAGGCCUAUUCAGUCAAAAUCCAACGUGGCAGACUGCUUUCUACAUUUAUAACACUCUAUGGAACCUCAGUGAUGCCAGUUUGACCCUUGCCCUUCGUCUUGGUCAAGGAGGAAUGAUCAAGCUUUGUACAACCAACAUCUCCCACAAACCUUACAGAGAUAAUAUGGUUCAAAAGAAUGUGUUAUUUCUAAUCAAAGCGUCACUGAAUAUUCUGCACAACUUAGCCAAGGCACCUGGUAACAAGCAUGUAUAUCGAGAAGAGAAGGUGGUAGAGAGUAUGGAACCAUUCCUAGAGGGAGACCCUUAUCUCAAAGCCGUCAGUAUGAUGACUCUAGCUUAUAUUGUUGAAGAAGGACAAGAAGAGAUUCUAGCAGAGAAGGGAACCAAUACCAUAGAAUACCUAGUUGAAAUCCUGAAAGACGCUCAGAACAGUAAAGAUAAAAGAUGUCAAGGGUUAUCGGUUGAGGAAGUGACUGCUGCUCUGGGAAGAUUAGCUGUUCAUGACAACAAUAAAUACAAGAUUGUAGAAGCAGGGGGACUCCCUCUCAUGAUAAGUAUGCUGCAUGAUGAAAGUGUUGAAACACAAGAAGCCUCAGCUCAUGCUGUAUGGAACCUGGCUUUCUCUGAUGAUGUGAGUGAGAAACUGAGAAGUAACACAGACUGUAUGAUGGCAUUACAAGAUCUCUCGACUAGUUCCUCAUCAGAAGUUGCUAAGGCUGCUAAUGGUGCAUUGUGGGUAAUCAACAAAGAGGGAGAGAAGAAGGAUCUGGUGAAGGAGAAUGAGGAUGAUACUGGAUUGGGACAUAGUCUUUCUAGAAAGCAGCCACAUAUAAUGCUGAGCUACCAGUGGGGUUGUCAACCAUUAGUCCUUAAAAUGAGAGAUGUAUUGGCGAAAGCUGGAUACAACAUUUGGGUUGAUGUUGACUGCAUGUAUGGUUCUACAUUACAAGCUAUGGCUGAAGCCAUUGAGAAUGCCUGCGCCAUUGUCAUGUGUAUGUCAGAGAGAUACAAAGAGAGCCCAAACUGUAGAACAGAAGCUGAAUAUGCAUUUCAACUGCGAAAGCGUAUCAUCCCUGUGAUGAUGGAAGAAUACUACCAGCCCGAUGGCUGGCUUGGUAUCAUCCUUGGUGCUAAGUUCUAUAUGGAUUUCUCUGGGAGGCUAGACAUUGAGGAAGAAAUGAACAAGUUACUCAAGGAAGUUCAGAUGCAUUCUGCAGAAGCCAAGAUUAUUUACAAAGAUGAUACUGAUGAUGGAGUUUUGGUUGGUGCUAGUAUUUCAUUUCCUCUAGAGAGUGCAGGGAUAUCAAUUAAAAUGGAGAGCUUGGAUUGGUCUGCAUCUCAAGUACAGGAUUGGCUCAUAGAAAAUGAGUUAGAGCACUUGCGACCAUUGAUGGCUGAAUAUAAUGGUAAGCUACUCAAUCAGCUCUACAAAAUGAGACAAGAGGCUCCAGAUUUCUUCUACUUGAGCAUUAAAGAAGACUUUGGCCUGAAAAAAUUGAUUGACAUCUUAAGAUUUACAGAAGCACUUGACUCAUUGCUCAGUAAUUAAAUCAGCUUUCUAUUAGGUCUUCAUUAGCUAAGCAAAGGCUAACCUAGACAACUCAGCCCAAGAUUUGGUCUUUAUUGACUACACGGACUAACUCAGCUCAAGGUUUGGUCUUUAUUGACUAGUCAAAGACUAAUUUGGUUCUAUAUUCGGUCUUGAUUCAAUUCUGAUGGAAAAAAAUAAUUUAUUGUUGUUAAUGAUUGGCUCUUCCAAAGAACCUAAGCCUGUACAUGUGUCUGAAAAUCAUUGCCCCAUUUUUUUUUCUCUCUCUCUCUCUCUGUAUGUCUUAAAUCAACUCUGAAGCGCAUGUCAAGAGGCAUUUCAUAUUGCCAACUGAUCAGUGUUAAUGUUAUAUCAAGCAUUCCUCACAUUUAUAACUUUUUACAUCUUAACAUAAGUAUAUACUGCCUACGACUCAACAAUAACUUUUCAUGAACUCAUACUCAAUAUUCUAUUCUUAAACCAUCAUCAUAGGUUUUGUAUAGAUUUUUUUUCUUUUUCCAAGUACAUCUGUGUACAUCAUUGUAAAUGAAAUCUAAUAAUGGUUGAAGCCAUAUGCCACUCUUGUGCUAUAUUUGUAUAUGGUAAUAUAUUGACUAUGCAUACUACUCUAUCUUUCAUCAGAUUUAAUGUCAAUAUUUGGGAAACUUUGAAGUAUUUUGUCAUCUUGUUCCAUAUAUUACCAAGUAUUGUGGAGUUCAGAUCAUAACUUGAUAUAUGUCAAUUAACUUCAAAUUAGGUCUGAUACAUGGUCUGGUUUGGCCAUUAACGUCAUAAUAAUGAAAUAAAAUGUAAUAUGUUGUCGUUAACAUGUGGGACAAUAUAGCUUUGACUUGCAGAAUACAAAAGGUCUUGUACAGUCAUUGGUACAGGAGUUGUGGUUCAAGAGUUUUAACUCUUAAAUGGAGAUACAAAGUCAUGGUUUUUAGCAGUGGCAUAUGUCCUUUGGCGAGACAUAAUGCAAAUGUGCCACUUUGCACCCAGGGGGGGGGGGGGGGGCUGGUAGAUGCCAAAAGCAAUAGUUAUUGAAUUCUCUGACAUGCAUUCUUUUAUAGUGGUCAUACGGUGAGAAUAUGCCAUUGAGAACGAAACAGUUAUGUGCAUGCAUUGCAAUUCUUAUUACAUGUCUGGUUAUGAAAGCUGUGUGCCAAAAAUGACAAAGUUUUAGGGUUUAUUAUUAGUACAUGUAUUUGUUUAGUGAACACAUGCAGUUUUAGAUUUUAUUGUUUGUUUUUACCAUUUCUGGUGCUCUGAAGUUUAUUUUAUUUUAACAAAAAUUAAUUUGUGAUGAAAUUUAUUUCUGAAAUGUUUAUGAUUUGCAAUAAUUUUCCUUUCAUGUUGUGGUUUGGAUGUGGUACCAGUGUUCUAUUCCUGGGUACAUCAGUCAAUAUUUGGAAUUCUACAGUGAAAUUUUGUUUUAAGAGUAUUGUUUAUGAAGAUUUUUAUUUUUCUACUUUUAUAAAGAAGGAUUGUACAUAUUAUACAAAGAUAUGGUGAUGCCUAUUUACAUCACAGUUAUAUGUGCAGAUAAGACACCCUUACAUGCAAUCACUUACUAUGCUAUGUGCAAUUAGAUGUACAUGUAUACUGCCGAACCUUACAGGUAAUAAUAAAAUAGAACUAUAUACAGUGUAAUAAUGCUUUUGAAAGCUAUUUGAAAGUUUCAAGCAAUUUGAUAAUUGAACAAAUGUUUAAUGUCUUUCAUAUCCUUGUGUAUUUUGUGUUUACUUUACAGCAUUAACUGCACGUUUUCACAUUGAUAAUUGAUCAAUUGUUGUGUUCCCCAAAUUGAGACAUACUUAGUUAUUUUGGUGCUUAUGACAAUUCGGAAUGAUUUUGUAUAAAAGACCAUAGAAUGGUAAAUCGUAUCUAUAAGUUGUUAGCUACUGGAAUUAAGUAGCUAAGUUGAAGUGAUUUGUUUAGCUUCUACAUAAUUAAAUGAAAUGCUGUUAACCCAAGAUAGGUAUAUGUGGGCAGUUUGAAUUGAAAGUAGAAAAGAAUAGUUGUAAGAUUAUGUGAAUGUGUGAAGUAGAACAUAUAUGAUUAACAAAAUGA